CUACACACUCUGAAUGUGUAUACCAACUUGUCCGACAGGGUGAUAGGGUGUGUGUAUGAGCGUGAAUCGCCAGGGGGGUGUUUGACAGCUGAUCAUCGACAUUAAUCACCGAGGGCGGAAGAUGAGAUCAUGCAUGUUUUCAGUUGAAGCUGUAGCAGAGAUGUGAUGACCUAAUUUUAGGAUUUUUACUCGUGAGAACCCUAACCACAGUGAGUUUUACACCAUUUAUAAAGACUAUGACUGCCAGCAUGCGAGGCUCACGGGUGGUUAAGCUCGCCUUGUUAGUACUGGGCGUAGGAGCCGUGAUGUACUUCUCGACUUCCUGGAUCACAAGUUAUAACGAAGCGAGAACAGUCCAAGUCAGUGAUCCGUGCCAGAGGAACUUCACCGAGCUGUCCAAAAUAGAAUCUGUAAAGUCUUUGCUUCCAAAGCUUUCACCAAAAUUUACAAAAGAGGGAUACUGUGAGGGAUUCCCCAAGCGCGAUAAGAAGUUGACUGCAAGAGAGAUGCAUCGUAAAAAUAGGUGUGUAGGAAACUUCAAACUUGACCAUGCGCGUGGAAAUGGAAAAUUCUGGGAAGGAGAAACUCAGUACAUCCGCCAUACACACCAUAAAUAUCUAAACUCGGACAGUAUAGUUCUUGAUAUUGGCGGAAACAAGGGCGAGGAUGCUGAUGCAAUGAUACAAGCUUACCAUCCGGGCACUUAUGUAAUUCUGGAGCCAAUCAACUCUCUCUUUACAUCGCUAGUGGAGAAGUUUCGAGAAUAUAAAAAUGUUAUAUUGUAUAACUUUGGAAUAGCUUCCAAAAACGACAUAUUUUACGUGAAUGUUGUCGGGCACGGUGGUGAUGCCACGUCUGUUUUUACAGAGAACAAGGGCGGGCAAUGUGAGCUCAGGGUUUUUAAUACCACUGACGUCAUUUAUCGACUCGGUGUUCAAUGUCUGGAUGUAGAUCUGAUCACCAUUAACUGUGAAGGUUGUGAAUUCGACAUUCUAGAGACCCUAAUUUCCAGUGGUUUAAUUUCCCGCAUCAAACACGUGCAGUUUGCGACCCACCCGUCUCUGCCACACCUUAAGCGACCCGUAGAACGCUACUGUGAAAUCCAGCAGAAAUUAGCCCGGACCCAUACAAUUGACUAUCAAUACAAAUUUUGCUGGGAGACGUGGAAGAGAAAAGAUAUUAAGUAAUGUAUGCGUUGCAGGGACGCUAUAAUACAGGCCAAGUGACGAAAGGAUAUACUAAACAAUGAGAAGACAUAAGGUUAUACAGUAAAGGAAGGGUGUCGGAUGAUGAAUGUUGGAGUGUUAGGAUAUGAACUGGAUUCAAUCUGACGGUUAAGCGGUGUAUGUGACGUUAUGUUACUAAUUGCAUUACAGAGUCACAGUGUCUCAAUUCUCCGGGUCCUAAAAUCUCAAACCAAAACUAUCAAAAUUACGUGCAAUUUUUAACUGUUUUCCAUGGUGUUUAUGAAGCAGACAAGAUGUUCUGCAUGAUUUUUAUAAACAUUUAAUCUUCAACUAUUUUUAGUGAAAUAAGGACCCAUACGUCCAGCAAAUCCUGAAGGGAUGGGCUUAAACAAUGUUAAAGGCCAGUAUAUGUACAUGUAUAUUGAAAAAGUUCAAAAAUCCUGGUGUAUAUUGUAAAGGAAGGUCGAAAACUCUUGUCAUCUAGUAGACCUUGCAUUUAAAGUACUUGAUGAAGCCCCAUGCAAGUGCUGGAAAUAAAAUGGUUGAAAUGUCGACAAAGACAUAUUUUUCAGUUGUUAGAAAGUGCAUCACCCAUCCUAAAUUUGGAGGUAAAGAUUCGAACAAAUUUUCUACAUUAUCUGAGGAUACUUUUGUAUCAAUAUCACUUAUCAUGACUGCUUUUAAUGACAAGAUGAUUUUAUGAGAUUUUUACUGUAUAUUUUAUGUUAUACUUUGACGAUCAAUUAUGGCACACCCUACCCCCGGAAGUCAGGAUUUGAAUUAACUCGAAUCUACACUACCUGAGGAUGUUUCAAAAUCAAUAUGAAAUUUCAUGGUUUUGCGUCUCUUGAGAUAUAUUUUUAAAGAUGUCGAUCUGCUCUACCCUUGGGGUUGAUCAUUUGAACAAUCUUGAAUCUACACUAUAUGAAGAUGCUUCUAUAUCACCAGUCAUUACUUUUGUAGAAUGUUUGGAGAAAACAGCCACGUAGUUCUUGAGAACAAAUCGAAAAUGUCAACACAGUCGGGCGGAGUGACAGGUAGAAAGACUGAAACAAUACGGCUGUUAUUAUUCUAUUAUAGUACAUGUGAUGUGCAUACGUGAAAACUUUUUGAAAAUUUGAAUAAAAUAAAUAACAUCAACAUGUUCAACUUUACAACAUUUUAUGCAACCAUUUCUCUUGAUAAAUCAAAGUCCAGGCUUGACAUUGUAGACGGCGGGCUGCUUUUUCAAUAAAAAUUGAACACGCA